AUGAUUUUGACUUGCGCUCAUUUCAUGGUACCAUGGUGGUACUUUAUUACCCCUACCUAUGCCAUGAACCUGUUUUACUCGGGAGGAUCAGAAGCUGUGCAGGAUGAUGUGGUCCCUCACCUUAAUGGCGACAUUCUUUCCAUACACACAUCUCGCAAUGAAGCUUGGCGUGUGGCUCCUGGCUUAACUGAAACAAGCUCAAAAGACAAACUUGUACAUGAUCUAGAGAGGACCCUGGAGGGCUGGCACCAAUCUCCUUCUCUUCCUGCUGCUGAAGUAGAUUCACCAAAACUGAUUAAGAGUAUGUUAAAGUCAGAAAUGGAGACAUGGCCUAGAUACAUUCAUGAUAUAUUGAAAACUAAAACAUCAUACAAGAUAAUACCUUUCUGGUCAUUUCUUGUUGUAAUUUCUGAAUUUAUGUCAACACCAAUUCUACAAAAAACUUUUUUUGAAUUUUCAAAAGAGAAUGAAAGGUUACUAAAAGAUCAAGUGUGGGAAGAUUAUGAGAAUAAAAAAAUGUUAAAAUAUGUUUUGAACAAAUAUGAGAUCAAAAUCAAAGAGCAUGUUAACUUACUUAAACAAAAAGAUAAGCCUAAAGAAGUCAUUGAUAUUUUCACAAGAGAUGCGCAAGAACACCUAGGAGAAUACAAGAUUUGUCUGGAGAAACAGUGGUCUUCAAAUGCAGAGGUAGAGCUGUACAGAAACUGGGCUUCACACUUGAGUGUGUAUAUCAAUGUGAAAGGUGCGGUCAAGGCAGCUCUUGAGACCCAGGCAAUUCAGGUCAGCUGGAUAAAAUUUGGCAAAUUGAAUGCUUUGGGUUAUGUUGGAGUACCUUAUGAGAUAAGGGAACCUUUUAAGGAUGGGUUGAGUAAACAGUGUCAAGCAAUUACAAGUGAAUUGGUAGACUCUAUUCAGUUGCUAAAUGAUAGAUCAUUGUUGGAAUUUUUCACCUAUCAAGCAGAAUAUGAUUAUGGCAUCUAUGAUCAGUAUUUCAUAGAGCCACAUGAUGAUAUAAGAAAAACUCUAGUCUUCUGGGUAAAAUAUAUGCCUUUCUAUCUUAAAAUGAGAAUGAAUGAAGAUACAUGGAAUUGGCAGUGUCUUAUGGAGGCAAUAAUUGUAUCAGACCCUAAGGGAGAUCACUUGGAACCCAUCAUGCAGAAGUUUUUGAGACUCCCACCACCCUCAAGCACAAAGAAGAACUUGAUAGUUAGAUUCCUGGAAUUUCUUUUGAAGAAAACCAAACAUGGAGAUCUGAGAGAAGUUGCACAACAAGGGCUUGAGGAGAUAAGAGCUUCUCCUGUUCCUUCAUUUGCAAAACAUCCAAAAUAA